AAAAAAAAAAAAAAAAAAAAAAAAUUUGUGCUUGGCGUAGUUUCAAAAAAAGAUAAAAAAAGAAAAUGGUCCUUUUUUCCAUAUCUAUUCCUCUACUUUUUUUUUCUUCUUCAAUAUUAAUCUUAAAAUGAAUCAUAUUUGGAAAGAUAGAAUAUUUUUAUUAUUAAGCAUAUUAUUUAUUGUUGGUUGUAAAGCACAAUUAGAUGAUCCUGUGGAAGAAAUAUUAGAUGCAUCUAUACUUCAACCUUCAGAAACUAGUUUAAAUCAAGAUACAGGAAAUGAAUUACAGUGGAAUGAACUUGGACAAGUCAAUGAUAAUCAAUCACAACAAUCGUUCCUAUUUUCCUUACUUAUGAUUAUAGUAUCAGAAAUUGGUGACAAAACGUUUUUGAUUGCAGCUAUCAUGGCAAUGAAGCAUUCCCGUUUGACAGUAUUUGCUGCAGCCUUCUUAUCUCUCUUAGUCAUGUCUGUACUAUCAGCUGGAUUGGGUCAUGUUGUACCAAAUCUUAUCCCCAAGGCCUACACGGAUGUAUUGGCGGCUCUACUAUUUUGGAGUUUUGGUUUACGAAUGUUAUAUGAAGGUUAUCAUAUGAAAGCGGAUGAAGCCAAUGAAGAAAUGCAAGAAGUGGAAGAAGAACUUAAAGAAGUGGAAGAACGUGAUCGAACAAAGCAUUUAGAAACAUUGGAAGUAGGUGGAUUGGAAGCUGCUGAAGAACAAAAACAACAACAACAACAACAAAAGAAUAAUCAUAAUUCAUCACUUUCUGACAAAUUGGAACAAGCAAAAGAAGGAUUGAUGAAUUUGAUGCAACUUGUAUUUUCUCCUGUAUUUGUCCAAACCUUUAUCUUGACUUUUCUUGGUGAAUGGGGUGAUCGAUCUCAAAUUUCUACUAUUGCCUUAGCUGCUGCUAACAAUGUAUAUUGGGUUACUGCUGGUGUAGUAAUUGGACAUAGUAUGUGUACUGGUGUUGCUGUGAUGGGUGGUCGUCUAUUGGCUUCAAAAAUAUCAGUUCGAACAGUUACUCUCUCUGGUGCCAUUCUUUUCUUAAUAUUUGGUUCCUAUUACACUUAUCAUGCUUAUACAAAUUCCUGGUCAACGUAAAUAUUAGUUUAGUUUAGAAUACAAAUAAAGCUUUUUUUUUUUUUUCAUCAUCCAAA